AUGACGAUCUUCGCUGGAAUUACCGGGCGAAUCGAAGCGGAUGAAUCAGUUGUCUCGGGCGAGAUUUCAGUUCUUGUUGUUGGUGAUAUUACUAUCGGUAGCCGAAUGACACCGUUGAUUGAAAGCAAAGGUGCUGGUGUGUUUUUUCAGGGAACUACUGACCUGAUUCAAUCUGCGGAUGUCGCGACCGCCUCCCUAAACACAAGCAUAUCGGAAAGAGGCGAACCGCGGUAUGGGAUUGAACACCCUUUUCGGGCGGCACCGGGGCUCGGCAGAGCCAUCGCAAAUGCAGGAUUUGAUGCCGUCUCCUUAGCCACGCCACAUGUAAUGGACUUCGGUUUGGAGGCGUUGGAGGAUACGAUCACAGAACUGGAGCGGUAUGAUGUCAAACCGAUCGGUGCUGGUACGAGUGUGGAAACAGCGAAACUUCCGGCAUGGGUGCCAGUCAGGCUGAGUGAAACCGAGACUGCACAGGUUGCGUUGUUAGCCUAUUACCGAGCGAAUGAAUUCGCACGCUACACCGAGGAUCCGCUUGCUUAUGCCGUUUAUAGUGAGAUGACAAAUGCUGUCGAGCAGAUACGGACGACAGCGGCACUCGUGGUUGUCUGGUUACACUGGGGAGGCAAAAGUCGUUCUAUGGAUGAGGCAAUCGGACGACAGCGGAUUUUUGCCCAUACCCUCAUCGACGCAGGGGCGGACAUGGUGGUAUGUCAACAACUUCAUACGUAUGGUGGUAUUGAGUUGUAUCAGGGCAAACCGAUUGUUUACAGCCUCUCAGAUUUUAUCUAUGAUGCUUACGAUAAACAGCACUCGCACAUAGUUAUCCCGAAAGCAACGUUUGACGCUAAGGAAACCCUGAAAUCAAUUGAGUUAAUUCCGAUUUUGACGGAUCCGCCGAAGACCCCGGUCCGCCCUGGAAAACCUACGGAAAGUAAGGGCGAGGUAACCUCGCCCCUACAAGUUGAGGUUCCGUUCCCCAGUAUCUUAACCGGAAAGGCGGCGGUAGACACUUUACAGAACUAUCAGCGACGUUGCGCAGAAUUGGAGACGGAGGUGUUCAUAGAAGGCGAACGCGGAUGGAUUCGAUUUUUUAACUAUUAA